AUGAUGACGGCCUGUCUCUGCGCCAUCCUCGGCUGGGCGGGCCUGCUGCGGCUGGCGCCGACCGGCCCGGCCCCGCGUGCGAUCGCACGCCUCGCCUCGCGCGAGCCGGCGCGCGCCGUGCCCAACUCCGUGCAGGCCGAGGCGAUCCGGAGCCGCGACCGGGCGGUGCUUGUGCUUGCGAGCGCGGGCACGGGAAAGACGCGAGUGCUGCGCACACGGAUGGCGUGGCUGUUGCUCAAGCAGAGCGUGCCCUCCUCAUCCAUCCUGGCCGUCACCUUUUCGCAGCACGCUGCGCAGCAGCUGCAGGCCCGGGUCACGGCGGUGGCGGGUCCUGCGGCGGAGGGCGCCUGGUUGGGGACCUUCCACUCUAUCUGCUGGCGGAUGCUGCGCGAGCACCACCACCACCUCGCGCUGCCUCCCGACUUUCGCGCGCACGCCGAGCUGGUCGAGGCCCGCGGCGGCGGCUCCCCCGCCCUCACCCGCAAGCGUGCCGCCGAGCUGCUGCAGCGCAUCCUGCACUGGAAGGAGCGGUCGCUCGACCCGCUCGCCGUGCCGCCCGCGCACACGCCCCGCCCCGCUGCCGGCUCCGCCGACGCGGGAGGCAAGCCGGCCGCUGCCGAGCGGGGCGACCUCGCCGCCGACUCGCUCGCCCGCUCGCUGUACCCGCUCUACCAGAGCGGCGGGGCGGAGCAGGCCGUCUUCGUCGCUGCGGAUGACGACCAGUCGGCGUUGCUCUCCCGCUCGCCCUCCCUGCUCGCUAAGGAGUGCGAGCCGCACACGCCCGCCGCCGACGCGCCGCGCGUGGUGCUGCGCUGCUUUUGGGACGCGCGCGACGAGGCGCAGUGGAUCGCGCGGCACGUGGCGGCGCAGCGUAAGUCGCACCCGGCGUACCGCUACUCGGACUUUGCGGUGCUCGUGCGGUCGCAGGAGCUUGCGGCGGCGCUCGCGCCCAUGCUGCGCGCGCGGGGGCUGCCCAUCUCCACCUCCCUCCCCUCGGGGCUACCUUGGUGGGGCGUGCCCGAGGUGGCCACCUCGCUCGCGGCGCUGCGGCUCGUCCGUUCCUCGACGGACGACGAGGCGGCGAGAGCAGAUGGCGCCGCCGCCAUCUCCAAGCUGCUCCGGCUCGCGGAGCGGUGCGGCUCGCUCGCGGCGCUGCUCAGUCACUUGCGCUCGCUGCAGAGCGGCGCGGGGGAGGAGGAGGGGGAGGAGGACACCGUGCAACUGCUGACGAUGCACCGCGCGAAGGGGCUCGAGUGGGAGGCUGGCGCCGCGGCUUCCCUAGGGCGCAGCGCGGCGGCCGCACCGGAGGCGGAGCAGGAGGAGUGGCGGCUGGCGUACGUCGCCCUGACGCGCUGCCGCCGCCUCGCCGCCGUCACGUACGCCUCCAACCGCCAGCUGGCGGGCGGCGCGUGGGCGCGGCGCCAGCCGUCGCCCUUCGUCCUCGCGCUGCCCCAGGCGCACGUCGCGUCCUCCGCGCCGUCGGCGGGCGACCCCGUGUUGCGCGGCAAGGCGGGCUGGCGCGCAACCACCUCGCGGCUGCUCUUCCCGCACCGGCAGUCGGGCCGGCCCAACCGCGCGUUGGGGCUCGCCGCCGCCGGCACGCAGCGGGCGUGGCAGGAGAGCCCGGCCGAGCUGCUCACCGUCUCCGAGGCGGUGGUGCGUGCCGAGGCGGAGGCGCCGCUCGAGGAGGAGCCGCUCGAGGGGGUCGUUGAGGCCGCCGGCCCGUCGCAGCCGUUCGAGCGAGCGCCGCCCGGCCGUCGAGCCGAGGGCGCACUCGACCUCAGCGCGGCGCAGCGGCGGCGCUUCGACGCGCCAGACGCCGCGGGCCGCGCGACGACGCUGCGCCGGCGACAGAGGCCGGGCGCGGAGCCGCCGCGAGCUGCGCUUCGCUUGGGGCCGGGCAGCGGCGGCGCGGAGGGGCGGGAGAGCGAGCGAGAGGAGCUCUCCUUUGCGUGGCCGAGCCGGCCCCUCGCCCACCCGCCCGGCGGUCGGCGCCGCCCUGUCGACCUCUCCUUUGCGUGGAAGGAGCCGCGGUGGGAGGAGUGCGUGCCGCCGCCAGAGGGGAGGGCGGGCCGCGUGGCCGGCGAGCCCGCGCCCGUCGUCGAGAUUGGGAUGGACGCAGCCACCUCUGCGGACCUCGAGGCGGCGGCCGUGCUGCGGAAGCUGGUCGUCGACGUCACAGACAUCGCCAGGGCGUGA